AUGAGGACGAGAGAGACAUGCACCGUCCCUCAUGCUUCCAGAAAGACGAGAGCCAACCCAACCCAAACCAACCCAAACCCAAACUGUUCGGCUGCCGACCGACCCCGUCCCCGUGCCCGGCCGGAGGGACCCAGGUCACCCCAGGCUCUCCGUCGACCCCCGAACCAUGCUCCCACGCAUCCGGCCAACGCCGCCGCCGCCGUCUUGGAGAGUUCCGAGGCCUUUCAAUUGAUCGCUGUCAAUCGAGGACUUGGUCCUCCGCCUGGUCUGUCCGCUCCGUUCCCACGAUUGGUGACACGGCAGAUCUGCACCGGCCUCUCUCUACUCCAAGCGUCUGUCUCUUACUUUACAAUUCUCCGGCGUACAUGUGUUCAUCUGCGCACUGGCCCUUCAAACCCAACUGGCGGUAAGAACGCAUGGGUAUGA